AGUAUUUUCGAAUUCUAUACGUCAAAUAUUCCAAGGCUGCAGAAAUAAUGUCAAUAAUUUUUGGUUCCCGGAAGUUUAACCCUAAGAACAGUAGUGAAAUUUAAACAUUUUGGUGGUUUUCAUUUAUUUAAUAUGAUUGAAGUUAGGCAUUAGCAUGAUACAACUUGAAGAACUGUAAGAUAGUGAAAUCAGAUAUUUCUGAAAUACAAAUUUCCUUUCCUAUGUUUAUUAUUUCAAAAACUUAUUUCUUUAUCUAUUACUUUUAUUGUUUAGCAAUAUGAUGUGUAAUUAAUUGAGACAAAAUAUUUGACAACAAUUUUGUUUAAAAUGAAACAUAUAUUCUCUUUCUCUUAUCCAGUUUCGAAUUUGGUACUGUAGUCGAUUCCUAUUAACGCGAACGUUUAUACGUCAGAAAUUUCUAAAGAUAAAAUAUGUUGAAUAAUUUUCUGUCACAUUUGUGAUGACAACGUAUUAAAGUUUGAAAAGUAGAUUCAGUAUGUCUUGUAAUAUUUGUCAAACGAAAUUUUCCUUCUUCACAAGAGAAGUUGCUUGCCCCGGCUGUGGUUUUUCAUGUUGCAGUAAGUGCCUCAAAUAUAAAUGUAAUAUUCCAGAUAGAGGGGUGAAAAAGGUCUGUGGACGUUGCUUUAAUAAAUAUAAUUUUACAAGUACCUCAAGCUUUAAUAAUAAUAUCGAAAUGAAUGGCCACGAAGAACCAAUGGCUCCAGUGGACAUUACAAAAAAAUUGGACUUGUUGGAGAACCCUGUGAAGCCUCCUAUUGUAAUGUACAAACAUACAAAUCAUUGGGAUAGAUUUAAAACUGGAUUAGAACCAGCUGAUCAAGAAAUAGUUGAAAGAUUAAGAAAAUUGAAGGAGGAAGAUAAAACUACAGCUUUAAGUGUAGAUGAGAUAAAACGGAGAUUAGCAUUGCUAAAGGAUGAAGACCCGGAUGUUAGGCAGCACAGAAUAAAUAUGCAGCAAGUAGAUACUAGAACAGACCAACAGAAAACAGACGAUUUGAUACAGGAAUAUUUGAAUCAAUUGGAACUAUCCUCGGGCAGUGAUUCGGUUAGCGAAAUUCAAGCAAGACUAAGAUCACUACAAGGCAUUAGUGAAAAACCUAUAGAACAUUCAGCUAAUGAUGACAAUGAUGAUGAGAAACAUGUAACAAAGAAAUUAAUUGGGAAAGCUUUGGCAGAAGCAGAAUUGGAGAAAAAAUAUGAGAAAGACUUAGAAGAGGAUGAAUUGGAAGAAAUGGAACUCGAGGAGGCAAAACAUACUGAUGACGAAGAUGAAAAACCUAGCUGCGUAAUGUGUGAACAAACUAAAGAUUUACAGCGAUGUUUAGGUUGUCACGGCGAUCUAUAUUGCCCUGUAUGCUUUGAAGAUAAUCACGAUGAUUUGGAGUUGAAAAUGCACAAAAGAGAACCAGCAACAAGACGCAAUAAAUUUUAAAUGGAAUGGCUAGAAAUUUUAGAGAAACGCUUCGCAAUGAUUCAUGUACAGUUUCAUUGCUAAAAACACUUUCUGUAUAAUUUUUACGAACAAUACUUAUAACCAGCAUUGUCACCUGCGAUUUUGAUAUCAGAAUAUUGCCAUUUAAAUAGAAGCAUUCCUCGCAAAGUACACAUACACAUAAAAUAAAUAAUACAUAAUUAUAGUAAGCUGUAAGUUUAAAGCCAAGAUUGUGAUUGUAUUAAUGCGUGUCAUUGAAAAUUAUUGUUGCAUUACAUCUACUUUCAUAGUAAAUAAUUUUGUAACAAUCUCAGUUUGACAGAUUUAAUAACAGAUAUUCACGCUUUUGCUAAAACAAAUUAAUCUUCAAGAACAACAAAUUAUUGUUCAUAUAGCGAACUCUUCCUUUAUUAAUUUCACCAUAAACAAAGUUGUUAAUCAAAUAAAUACAUGGACUUCAAUUAGAUUUAUAGCUUGCUAUCGAUAUUUAAAUUCAUUAAUUCUCAAUAUUAUACAUAUUAAUCGAUCUCUCGAUAUUUAAAAAUGUUUGAACUUUCUAUAUAGAAUAGUGAUUCAUUCUAGAUUGGAAUUUGUUUUAGUGGCUUGUUACAAUUCUUUCUGCUUAUUCUAAGAAUAUUAUCUUUUUGGUUUAAAUGCCAAAGUGAACUCACCGAUCCAGACUAGAUGUCAGUAAAGACGCUUACUGACAUCCUCACGGGGAUUUCCCGAAGGUGGUCUGUGUCGCGGCGCAAAAACUUUCUUUUCUCAAAGUCUAAGCAGGCCUGCUAUUUUUAGAUGACAUGUACGCAUCUAUCGUGCCAAGAUUUCAACCACGUUCGAUUACUAACGAAAAAACCAUUUGUUCUUCUUUCCGUCCAGUUUGUUUAACAGUGUAAUCUAUCUCUAAAUAUUUUUUCUUCUUUAAAUUCUUAUUAUUUAAAAAUUGUUAUGAAUUAUUAAUUAAAACGGCGUGAUAUUUUUAAGUCAAAUAAGCUUAAUUGUAUAAUUGUAAGAAAUUGAUAUGAACAAUGUUUUUAAAAAUUUAUAUAUGUAUGCAGCUUUAUGAAAAUUGGUAAUUUUUUGCUAUUUAUAACUCAUACUCAUUUUCUAUAGUAUUGAAUACUUCAUUCUAUUAAAAAUAAAAAAUGAUUUAAAGUAUA